GCUGACAUUAAAUUAUGUCACAUUUCUAAAACAUCACUUCGCUAGCAAUAUGCCGGCUUUUGUUGAUAUUCAUAAGCAUUGCUGUCAAGGUGGUUGUAGGUUUUUCUUGUCAUAUAGUUUAUGAUUAUAUUAAUUUUGUAGAGCACAAAAGUAUUGUAUUCAGGUAUCAUGCUAAUUAGUUCUGCCAACUUCCGGCAACAGUGAAACAUCAAUAUUGGAUUUGUAAUCGAAAGUCCAGGUACUGCAGAAUGUGAUUGUAUAGAGACACUGCAAUGUACAUUCCAAAUUAACGACAAAAAUGUUGUGGUCAUCUUUCGGUGUUCUGCUUGGCAUUGCUCAAAUCCGAUGUGCAAACACACAAGUGUCUCUUUCACCAUGGGAUCUGAUUGGUGGAGCCAGGAAUUCGUCUUUGUCCGAUUUUAGCAACGAAACUAAGUUAAUUAACCCAGCGGCAGCUCCACAAAAUGGAAUCUACUUACCGAAAAUCUGUGAUGCCGACGAUGAACAGCCAUUACAUCUGGAAUCAACGGACGUCAGUCAACAGCCUAUCUUUAUGCUGAAUGAUUUCUCGAUGCGGCUGACUGUAGCUGCCUGGAUAAAGCUUGGUCUGCUUAAUGUGGCUGGCUCGUAUGGCAUUCACCAAGUGGCAGUGACGAAUUUGGACAUGACCCCAGAAGCUAUAGAAAAUGCGCUAAACGUGGCAUGGGAAUCUCAAAUCAGCGCGACGGAAACUGAUCUGGCAAAGUAUGUUUCCGAGGCAGCCUACAGAAUCCGGAUAUAUAUCGUGGAAUUCGACCAAUAUCGGUGGUUUACACAAACCGGAAAUCCUGUAGUUCGUAUCACUUACACGGUCGCCAUUGUUAAUACAACGGAUUUCAUGCAACUCCCAUCCGAAAUUCAACGUAUGCCCUUGCCUUCACCAGAAGCGUUUUCAGCCCGACUACAAGCGCAGAAUAUUUCCGUGUUCGUCGGGUCAAUCUUUCGCGGCUGGUCAGUUAUUCUCCCUUUGAACACAUCAAACGCGGAAGCUGCGCGAUCCAUUAAGGAAAUUCUGCAACCGGAACUGUGUUGGGAUACGUCGAGACUGUCUAACGUAACCAACGACACAAAGGUCAACGACAUGCUGAUUAAGACAGGACCGCGCACGUUCCAGAGCAUGAGUGCCAAAAGAAGUGCUUCUACGACGUCAACAGAUGCGACAUUGACCCAAGUGAACACACCGCUCAUUUUACCGUUUUCGGUUGUCAUCAAUGGAACCGCUCUCCCGCCGGCGCCAAUACUACUGGGUCGUGUCAGUUCUAAAAUCCGAUCAACGAUGUCGGAUGCUGACAUGCAACCGUUGGAUAGCUGUUUUCAGUUUGCGCUGGACCGACCAAUUGACUUUCAGGAGACAGAAACCGUAGCCAAUGGAAUUACACACUAUCUGCAGUCGGUUUUACCGGUGUCAUCUUGGUCAGCUGCACUACCAGAUCCAAGUUCAAGAAAUCAACCUGAUAAGGAAACGAAAGGUACAUUCGGACUGUCUGCCUGGUUUCUGGAUACCACCGGAACGAAGAUUUGCAUUCAGCUCGCUGUAGCAGUCAACAUUGCGGAUGUGGUUUUCUAUCUGGACGCUACCUUACCAGUGUACGCUCCCAUCUAUGCAGGCGUUCACGGGAAGAGAAUCGCACUCAGUAACACUUCUUCCGUCGGUGUGAUGACCGCAAAACGCACAUCUUCUACAAAUGCGAGUGCACCAGGAGCAGGAAUUACAGAGCGUUACGUACUGGAUUUGGCAAUGACCGACAUCCGUCAAGAAUCCGAGCAUGUCACUUCUACGAUGGUGGACCAAGUGGUAAAAAUAGCGGUCGAAGCAUUUCAGGCAGAAAACCCACUUCGUUUGAAUAGCAACCGUCUGAACUUGACCCUAAAUGGAUAUAAAGAGUUGUUAAACAUGAAUCUGGAAAAGAUUCUUAGGUUUGAAUUUUCUAUAACCAAAUCCGGGGACGAGACACCUUGGAAUCUUUGGAAAUUUCCAACGCGAAAAACAUUGGCAAAAGUAUUGCAGAAAUUUCGAAGCUGGUGGCUGCCUGCGGAAGGACGCCCUGUUGUUGUACCGAUGGAGUAACUUUUUUAAACUUAUUAUUAUGGUGUCAGUAUACAACAUACGGUUGCUCGCGCAGCCUCUACAAAGUUGGCACUAAGCUGAUGAGGUGGGGAUAAAAACAUACCCGUACUUAAAAAUUCUAUACACAAUGCAAUGUAAGUACUCGUGCACUAUAAGAAUUUUAAUGCAGAUUGUACGCGGUGGGAAAAUGUUGCUUCUGCUUGCGAAACU